CCCGGCCUCAUGUACGAGCACCUCGUGGCACCUGUACCUGUACCUGAUUCCGCUCCUCUUCAGACUCACCCAUACCUCGCAGCCUCGUCUUGUCUUGUUGAUCCUCAGACAAUGACAGACCAGAAACCACCCAAAGACGCCCCUCCCUCCUACGAAGCCCUCUCCAUUCCUCCCGCCACUGGAUCUCAACCAUCUACCACUUCACAACCCCCUGGUCCCAGACGCCUACGACCCCCUCCACCACUCGACAUCCCCGCCCUGAAUGCCCUCCGCGGUCGGCGUGUCAUCCUCGCCUCCCAGUCGCCACGCCGCAAGCAACUCCUCGCCCAGAUCGGCCUGACAAACAUCGAAACCAUCCCCUCCAAAUUCCCCGAGGAUCUUCCCCACACAUUGUCUCCAUGGGAAUACGUCCUGGCGACAGCAACCCAGAAAGCACUCUCCGUAUACAAAGCCGAACUCGACUCUCCCAACGGGGAACCGGCCCUUAUAAUCGCAGCAGACACCAUUGUCGUCUCGGCGCCAGGCGAGAUCCUCGAAAAGCCCCGCUCCGAAGCCAACCAUGUCCAGAUGCUCCAGUCCCUCCGCGACACCGGACCUCACAGAGUCUACACAGCUGUCACUUGUAUCGCGCCGCUAGCGUCAGCGCGCGACCCGGGUUAUGCGCUCGAAUCAGGCACCGAGGAGACGGUGGUCAAGUUCGAUCGGGAGAUCACAGACGAAUUGCUGCUCGCGUACGUACGGACAAGAGAGGGCGCGGACAAGGCCGGGGGCUACGGCAUCCAAGGCACGGGCGCGAUUUUGGUUGAGAGGAUAGAGGGCGGCUUUGAUAAUGUCGUUGGACUGCCGUUGAGAUUGACAUUGAAGCUCAUUGAGAAGGUCAUCUUCAAGGCGGAUGAUGAUGACAACUUAGGCGAGGAGGAGGACUUACUAGAUGAGGAAUAGGCCCCUUGUCCACUGGAACGGCAUUGUAAUGGGCGUUGGAAGAGCAAUGAAUGUCAUGCAUUGGCGGCGUUUGGAGCAGCAAUAUGGGUAUGAUAGACUGGGAUAGCUAGACACUGGAAGUACGUGAAAAAGUGUUUGAUCGACCGGUAUCGACAGGCAUUCAACGCUCGCUGCGCGACACCCUUAUCUUCCGAUCUCCAGCAGUGUGUGUGUUUGUGUCAUAUACAUGUCUGUUUACCAAUCACUGACUCCUUC